CGUACACUGUAAACAGGAAGUGAUCCGUUAGCUAAGAAAAACGGACUGUCAGUAAGUCCAAAUCAAUAAAACACCAAUAGAUAUCGACAGGCACGAAUCGAUAAGAGCAUUUUGUGACUGAAAAUUGAGAAGUCAUCAUGGGAAAAAGCUGCAAAGUAGUUGUGUGUGGCCAGGCAGGAGUUGGUAAAACAGCGGUGUUGGAGCAACUACUGUAUGCCAAUCAUGUUGCAGGUUCAGACCCCAUGGAAACCCUCGAAGAUAUUUACAUUGGUUCCAUUGAGACUGACCGUGGCACACGGGAGCAGGUGCGCUUCUACGAUACGCGUGGACUCCGUGAUGGAAUGGAGCUUCCUCGCCAUUACUACACUUUUGCCGAUGGGUUUGUGCUCGUCUACAGCAUCGACAGCAAAGAGUCCUUUAAGCGAAUGGAGACACUCAAGAAAGAUAUUGAUCGUCACAGAGACAAGAAAGAGGUCACCAUCAUCGUGCUGGGCAAUAAACUGGACAAGCUGGACGAGAGGAGAAUUGAUGCUAACUAUGCGCAGAACUGGGCGAAAAACGAGAAGGUGCGUCUGUGGGAGGUGUCGGUGGUGGACCGGCACACGCUCAUCGAUCCCUUUGUCCUCCUGGCCAGCAAGAUGACCCAGCCACAGAGCAAGCCCACUUUUCCUCUAAGUCGCAAUAAGAACAAGGGCAGUGGCUCAACGGACAGCUAAGCUAGCUGCUCUGCUCGCCUGGCUUAAACGAGUAGUUCAAAAGGGAACGGUAAAGGGAAUUCUGUUUUAGUAAAAGUUUUAAAAAUGUGGAGAGGCUUUCACAAGAGAAAAGGCGCAAUGAUUGUACAGAUAUUUCUAUCCAGUUGGUGCUGUUCUGCUGAAAUGCUACUUUAAUCAUGACAUUGAAAAUAUUUAUCUCAAACCACCAACGAAAAGGAUCACCAUGUUGAUAUUAUGUCAAUGUUACUGAAUCAAAUCAUGUUUGGACCGCAGACUGUGUGCUUUGGACCCAUGUGUCUUAAACUGCUUACAAUCAGCAUUUUUAUCCACAAAAAACAAGCUGCACAUUACUGGUUUGAUUUUAUAUACACUGAAUGAACACAAACGGAAUCAGAAAUGCAACCAUGUUCACGUUUCCUUAUGACUGCUUUACAAACAUGCUGAAUUUCACUUUUUCUGAAAGAAAUAAUGACUGAAAGGAUUGCAUUGACACAUUCUGAACAAUCCAUGGCGGUUUGUCGAUGUGGAUCUUUGUUACAUUAUGCUUGUUUUGUGUUGCCCAAUGAUUGACAUUCCUUGUGAAGUCUUUGUGGAGGAUAGGCGUUCCUGGCUCAGGUGUUACUUUUCUGGUGGCUCCAUGUAAAAACAGAUGGCACACAAUGAUGUGAAAUAUCAGCACUUUGACCAUGUAAGUCACUGUUGUGUAUAAUAUGUUAUUCCUGAGGUGUGAAUCAUUUAUUAACACUAUAUCAUUAUAUCAAAUCAGAUGUGCUUUUGAUGUUUGUUUUAUCAAAACGGCAGAGAUAUGCUGAACAUAUGUUUGUGCCAUGUCUGUUGACACUAUUCCAGAUUCAACAUAUUUAAGCUUUUGUAUGAUCGCACUUUUCAAAUAUCGACAGUUUGUGUUUGUUGCAUGUUUUGUAAGCAAAUUAAAUUCCUCAGUGUCUGACAGGGAUGUUGA